ACAGAAGGAUCGAGUGUACCGAAAAGGGGGUUUUAGAUCGAGUGGGGAGACUAGUCUAUCAGAUCAUCAUGACGCGAUUGGUCCAACAAAGGAUGCCUGCCAAGUCAUCAGUGUCGGCAGGUACAUGUAGCAGCAAACAAGGGGUCAAGGGUUUUCUGUUGGGAGUGUGCAUGACAGUGUCGUUCUUGCAAAUAAUGUCCAGGUGGUUUGCCCUCCCACCGCCGCUGCCGACGACGACUACUACUUCCUCUUCUUCAUCAUCCAGCAGUAGUAGCAACAAGAUUCCUGGUCAUCAAUUUGCCAUUGUGCAAUGGGAAAGUCGUCCAUUGGCACCCAUUGAUAGAAACGAGACGCGAACCUUUUGGUCUACCGCCGCUCAGUGGAAUGCGCUUUAUGCCCAACGCCAUGGCCACGGAUACUACUACAUCGAACCACCAUCCACAACCACCGACUGGACGUGUCGUGGUCCCGAUCAGUCGACAGUAUUGGGUGCUUCGUGGUGUAAAAUUCCCGCCAUGCUGCAAGUGCAACAAGACCAUCCGGCGCAUCAGUAUUGGCUGUAUUUGGAAUCGGAUGCUGUCAUUCACUAUCCAUUUCGAGAUCAACCACUGUCCCAAAUGCUGCGCAUCCUACAAGCAUGGUUGCCCGAUAAUUGGAAUAUUGACGAGAAACCCAUGGUCUUCAAUCAAGAUUCCAAUCAAGUCACGGGCCGGACCUACUGGAUCAACCAAAUCCGCGCCGCAACAACCAACUACACAUGGGCACUCAAUGCCGGGACGCUCUUUUGGAAAAAAUCACCCGCCGCCACGCAAGUGUUGGAGACUUGGUGGAGAUCAUCGUUGGACAGUCAUGACAAAAAUCCAUUGCCCUUCAAGUUUCGAACGGAAUGGCCGUUGGAUCAAGAUCGACUCAUGGCCAUUCUGCACGAUGCCCACGAUGAGUAUACUACUACUACUACUACUACAACCCACAACAACAACAAAGUCAGCCAGUACAUUCAAGUGGCUAUUCAACCGGAACAAAUGUACAUGGAAUACACACGGGGUAUCACGCAUUGGUGUUUGUCCCAUUUGCCCGUGUCCAAUUGCUUUAUUGCACAUUAUUGCCAAACAUCGCAAAGCAAAACGGAAGAACUGAUGCCCACAUAUUAUCAGUAUAUUGUGAACGAAUACUACAACAACAAUGCCUCCUACAAAAACAAAAACAAAAACGGCAAGGGCGUGAAUCUGGCAUUUACGCCAGAGACGUUGCGAUGA